UUCAAUGACAGCCGGACAUUCGAUUCUCCUCUGUUUCUUCGUCUUCUUCCUUGCGAUUCAAAUCGCCGCCAAGGAUCAGAAGGAAGCUCUUGACGCUCUCUACAAGGCCAAGUUCUUCAGGAACUCAGACGCCGCCGAUUCCUCCGAGUUUUUCUUCCGCAACGAAGCGGCGGAUCAAAACACCGAGGUUUUGCCGACGGUUGAGAUUGACGAUCAGGCCGGACGGAAACAGCAGGACAAAAUCGAACGGCUGCCAGGACAACCGCCUAGGGUUUCGUUAUCGCAGUACGGCGGCUAUGUGACGGUGAACAAAACCGCCGGCCGUGCUUUCUAUUACUACUUCGUUGAAUCUCCUCAAAACAAGACCUCGUUGCCGCUUCUUCUAUGGCUCAACGGAGGGCCUGGGUGUUCGUCUCUUGCUUUUGGAGCCAUGGCUGAACUCGGUCCCUUCCGCGCUCGUAGCGACGGCAAAACCCUCUUCCACAACAGAUUCUCAUGGAUUCACGUUGCGAAUGUGUUGUUUUUGGAAUCACCGGCUGGAGUGGGAUUCUCGUACUCCAAUACUACAUCUGAUUACCAAAGCAAUGGAGACAAGAAUACGGCAACCGACAACUAUGCUUUUUUGGUGAAUUGGUUGGAGAGGUUCCCAGAGUAUAAGGAUCGAGAUUUCUAUAUCUCUGGUGAGAGUUACGCCGGUCAUUACGUCCCUCAGCUAGCUCACGUCGUUCUCUCACAUAAUAAGAAGGCUAGAAAGACGAUCGUCAACCUCAAGGGUAUUAUUAUUGGAAAUGCAGUGAUCAAUGACAAGACGGAUGAAAUUGGAAGGUAUGAUUUCUUUGCAUCCCAUGCACUAAUUGCCGAUCGAACCGCCAACGACAUAAAGAAGUACUGUGACUUCUCACCGAACGUGAUGGAACAGAACUCGCAGUGCAUAGCGUUGUCGAAUAUAGCGUACUCCAACAUGAGAAUGAUCGAUGUUUACAACAUCUACUAUCCACUAUGUUUGAACAGUAGCCUAACACAUCUGCCAAAGAAAGCGUCGGUGAUGAACUACGAUCCUUGCAGUAAUUCCUACACAAAUGCGUACUUGAACCAGGCAGAGGUUCAAUGGGCGAUGCAUGCCAAUGUGACAAAGCUUACGCACGAUUGGGAGCCUUGUAGUGAUGUCAUAAACGGGUGGUCCGAUAGUCCUUCCACUAUUAUUCCUCUACUGCGAGAGUUCAUGGACAAUGGAUUAAGAGUCUGGAUUUUUAGCGGUGACACGGAUGGGAGAGUACCCAUUACUUCCACCAAAGACUCUAUUGCCUCAAUGAAGCUUCCGGUGAAGAAAUCUUGGUACCCCUGGUCUGUUAAUAAUGAAGUUGGAGGGUACGCGGAAGUGUAUGAAGGCGAGUUGACAUUGACGACGGUGAGAGGAGCGGGUCAUGAAGUGCCAAGCUUCCAACCAAGAAGAGCCCUUGCACUUAUCACACACUUCCUUCAAGGGACUCCUCUCCCAACCGCUACUCCUCCAUCUCAAUCUUUGUAA